CAGAAGUAAAAAAAAAAGGGAGAGAUAAAGCCUUUCUCAAAACCCUAACAACCCAUCAAUCGUCGAUCGGAGCUAACAGUCUCUGCAACGAAGACGACAACAAUGCCGGCAAACGACGACGUUUGCUUCACCACGACUCCUUCUAUCAAGGUUCCUUUACCUUCUCGGCCACCGCCCUUCGACCUUUCCCUUCUUUUCACAAGAACCAGAAAUUCCUUCUCUCAACUUGUAGACUCGCUUAAAACUCACCCGGGAAUCCAACGACUCUCCCCUAAGCUCCUCCCUUCAUCUUCGAUACCUCCGCCAUUGCUUGAUAGUCGAACCACUGAGUCGAAUCGGGGGGGUGGAUCGGUGAGUCGGUGGCCGAGGCAAGGUAUCGAUGGAGGUUUGAUCGGAAAAUUGCUUCCUCUAUGUUCGGCGUCGUUGUCGCUGACUCGCUCCGGGUCUGGAACUCGGAAGGAGAAAGAUGGUCAUUCUAUUGGGAAGUCGCCGCUUCUCUGUUCGGCUUCGUUAUCAGUGGCUCGUCCGGACGACGUUUCUCAAUCAGGAGCAGAGGGAAAGGAAGUGCAACAGCAGCAGCAGAAGGGGCACUCGCCGAGUAGACACGACGAAGAGAGGGUGUUGAUAAGUGAAGUAUUGGUGAGGAACAAGGAUGGCGAUGAGCUUGAGAGGAAAGACCUCGAAAUGGAGGCCUUGGCGGCCCUUAAAGCUUGCCGACCCAACUCGGCGCUCACGGUGCGUGAAGUUCAAGAGGACGUGCAUAGAAUUAUUGGAAGUGGGUACUUCUACUCUUGCGUGCCCGUUGCGGUCGAUACAAGGGACGGUAUCAGAUUGGAAUUUCAGGUAGAACCAAAUCAGGAAUUUCAAGGUCUGGUUUUUGAAGGAGCAAAUGUUCUUCCGGCAAAGUUUAUAGAGGAUUCAUUUCGUGAAGGAUAUGGAAAAGUUAUUAACCUUCGGCGUUUGGAUAAUGUGAUAUCGUCUAUCAAUAAUUGGUAUAUGGAGCGCGGUCUUAUUGCCAUGGUAUUAGGUGUUGAGAUGCUCUCUGGGGGUAUUCUUAAGUUACAAGUUGCAGAAGCUGAGGUCAAUAAUAUCUCCAUACGUUUUCUUGAUAGGAAAAGCGGUGAGCCAACUACAGGGAAGACAAAGCCAGAAACUAUACUAUCCCAGCUUACAACCAAGAAAGGACAGGUCUACAGUAUGCUUCAAGGAAAAAGAGAUGAGGAGACUGUAUCGACCAUGGGAAUCGUUGAAGAUGUUAGGAUUAUUCCCCAACCUUCAGAUACUGGUAAAGUUGAUUUGGUGAUGAAUGUCGUUGAGCGUCCAAGUGGAGGUUUUUCAGCUGGUGGUGGUAUAUCAAGUGGAACUACAAAUGGACUUAUACCAGGACUCAUUGGAAGUUUUGCAUACUCUCACAGGAAUCUAUUUGGAAGAAACCAGAAAUUCCAUGUUUCAUUAGAAAGAGGCCAAAUUGACUCGAUAUUUCGGAUAAACUACACAGAUCCAUGGAUUGCAGGAGAUGACAAGCGGACCUCUAGAACAAUUAUGGUUCAGAAUUCAAGAACCCCUGGCACACUUGUUCAUGGUAAGGUGCAUGAUGAAGAUUUUAGCCCAACCAUUGCUCGUGUCACAGGCAGUAUUGAAUUUAGCCGACCAUUAAGACCUAAGUGGAGUGGCACAGCUGGACUUAUCUUUCAGCAAACUGGAGCUCAUAAUGAAAAGGGAGAAAAUAUAAUCAAGGAUUGUUUUGGCAGCCCUCUUACUGCUAGCGGCAAGAACUAUGAUCAUACAUUGCUUGCUAGGUUUGAGACUGUCUACACUGGUUCUGCUGAUGGAUCGCCAAUGAUUGUUUUCAAUGUGGAGCAAGGACUUCCUGUGUUUCCAGAGUGUUUGUUCUUUAACCGCGUGAAUGCCCGUGCAAGGAAGGAUGUUCAAAUUGGUCCAGCUCGACUUCUUUUAAGUUUAUCCGGUGGUCAUGUUGUGGGCAAUUUUUCACCCCACGAAGCUUUUACCAUCGGUGGAACAAAUAGUGUUAGAGGAUAUGAAGAAGGCGCAGUUGGAUCUGGUCGGUCUUAUGCGAUCGGCUCUGGAGAAAUUUCUUUCCCCAUAGUGGGACCUGUUGGAGGUGUUAUUUUUGCUGACUAUGGAACUGAUCUUGGAUCAGGCCCAACUGUGCCCGGUGACCCAGCUGGGGCUAGGCUAAAGCCUGGAAGUGGAUAUGGAUAUGGGGUUGGCAUCCGGUUGGAGUCUCCAUUGGGUCCUCUCCGGCUGGAAUAUGCAUUUAGUGAUAGCCAAAAUAAGAGGUUUCACUUCGGAGUUGGUCACCGGAACUAGCUUUUCUUUCUUCUUUUUUGGCUGCUACUACUCUUGUCUUCUUUGGUAGUAAUUCUUUUAUUAUUAUUUCUUCCUUUUUGGGUUGUGUUAUAAACUAUAGAGUUAGAGAUCCGUUUUUCUUAUCAAGCGAUUUGCUUCUUUAAUAUAGAUAUAGGUAUAUACACAAAUGGUCCAUUUUCUUGGAUUUGCUCUGGACCUUGGCAGAUCAGCUGGAGUCAUUUUGUCUUUAUAUCCAUUAAUGUUGUUUGCGGUUCUCUUUC